GCAACAGUGCAACGUCGUCAAAGAUGGCGGCCGCCUGGGAGCGAGCGUCCCCGCGCUCGGCUCGAUGAAGCGGCUCCUUUUCACUGCAGCUGCUCGAUAGCCGACGGUUUGGCUCCCCGCUCUCCGCCCGCCUUUGUGUUCGGUCGGGACGCCGCGGCUUUUGUCAACCGGCAAAAUGGCAAGUCCAAGGACAAGACGAGUUCUUAAGGAAGUGAGGACUCAGGAUGAAAACAAUAUUUGCUUUGAAUGCAGAGCAUUCAAUCCACAAUGGGUCAGUGUAACCUAUGGAAUAUGGAUUUGUCUUGAAUGCUCAGGAAAACACAGAGGCCUAGGAGUUCACCUGAGCUUCGUCCGGUCUGUCACCAUGGACAAAUGGAAAGACCUGGAGUUGGAAAAGAUGAAAGCUGGAGGCAAUGCUAAAUUUCGUCAAUUUCUGGAAUCGCAGGAUGCUGAUCCGUGUUGGACACUGCACGAGAAGUAUAAUAGUCGAGCUGCAGCGCUUUUCCGAGAUCAGGUUGCUACCUUGGCUGAGGGUAGAGAAUGGUCGAUUGAAAACUCAGCUGCCCAAAGCUGGACACCACCUCAGCCUAAAAUGUCCCUUUCUUCAGCUCACCGUAGUUCCGCUGGACCUAACCAGACAUCUGCAUCAUCCUCUGAUAAAACAUUUGAUGACUGGCUGAAUGAUGAUAGCUCCUAUCAAAGUGGUGGAGGAUACAACAGUCAGGACAAUCGCUAUGUUGGAUUUGGAAACACAGUCACUCAGAAGAAAGAAGACGACUUUCUCAACAACGCCAUGACGUCGAUUUAUUCGGGAUGGAGCAGUUUUACAGUUGGAGCGACCAAGUUUGCAUCAGCAGCAAAAGAAGGGGCAGUGAAACUCGGCAGCCAGGCAUCACAGAAGGUUUGGGCUUACAAACAGCAGCCAGAGCCGGCUACAGAGUUAGGUCACACAAUUAAUGAGAAUGUGAUCAAACCUGCUCAGGACAAGGUGAAAGAGAGAAACAUUUUAGAUGAUGUCUCCAGUGGUGUCUUCGAACUUGCCCACAAGGUCCAGGGAGUGAGUACGAAAGGGUGGAAAGAUGUCAAUUCUUUCUUUUCAAAUAAAGAAGGUGACCCGUCAGCCUCACAAAGUUGCCCACCUGGAGAAAGUUACCAGAACAGCGGAUUUGAAAACAACUUCUGGGACAGCUUUGGUCAAGGUGAGAACUCCAAGGCCACUUCACCCCAAAGUGCAGAAGUUUGGGGUUCGACUGAAAAGAACAAUGAAAACUGGGAUGCCUGGGGUGCAAAGCCAAGCACAGAAAAGCAAACUAACAGUGGUAACGACUGGGACAGUUGGGAUAAUAACUGGGCUGUGGGAGGGGAGAACAAGAGUAAACAAUCUCCAAAGAAAGAAAAAGGAACUCUGGAUGAUGGCUGGGAUAAUCAGAACUGGUAAUCUGGCAAACUGCCUCAGCUGGAAAGGAACUGCUAUUUGCUUUACUUUGCAUCAUUGCUGUUGUAAACUGAUCUGUACUUAUGUCUGUAGAAGACUUUUUUUAUAUAUAUUUAAUAGAGGACUGCUCGUGGCUAUUUCACUGAUGAUGAAAGUAGUCACAAUGAACUGUCAGUAUUGUAACUGGAAUAUUCUCAAUUUACAUAUUUAAUUUCACCCUUCUGUACCAGUUUUACAUUCUGUGCAUUGAUAGGAAAUCUUUCAUUAAUUCAUCAAAGGUUGUGUUUUUUUUAAGUGUGUGUGUAUAUAAUAAUAUAUAUAUGAUGAAUAGAAAUCUGUGCACCAUCAUGGAGAACCGAAGAAAAACCUAUAUAGUUAAAUAGUGUUGUGAUUCAUUAUAGCUCAGGUUUUUUUAAGCAAAACACAAUGGUAACAUUAAUUGCAUGCCACAAUGCAGUCUGUUUUGUGUUCUAUGAUGUGUAAUUGGACAGAGGGCAAGUCCAAUUUUUUACGGUUUCAUAUUCUCAAAUUGUUCUCCGAUUCAUUCCAAGUUUGAAUCCCAAUUGGUUAAAAUCAACUCUGUGGCUUCCUAAUUUAAAAUCAAUCUAUUCCAGCUGUAAUCAUUUUAUAAUUGUUACUGGUUUUUUUUUUCAAUGCCUUACUAACCAUAGCUAAGUAUUUAAAAGGAAAUCUCCAUCUUGUUUCAUUUAUGUUUUUUUUUCUCAAUCAUUUAGACAAUUUUACCAGCCAUUAGCAACAAAUUGGGUCAGAUGUAUGUUCUCUAUUUUUAAAUGUAUAAAACCUUUCAACCUGUUCAAACCUCAAAGGAGAAGUCCAUUCUGCAAGCUGUUUGAUUUCAGUUUUUAAAAGUAGGUUGAUAUGAAGUGUGGUGGCGUUUUCUGUAUCUGGUCUUUAAUCCUGCUCCUGCCUUCAAAACCUAUGCCCAACAUUCCGGUUGUAUAAAAUGUGGAGACAACAGGAGCAUUUGGUCUUUCAGUAUUGGUGCAAUACUUCAGUAUUGGUGCAAUAUUUUUUUUCAGCAUGAGUAGCGGGAUAAUGUAUUCUCAUUUCUGUACUGGUGGGAUGAUUGAACAUUCAUGUUCUCCUUAAAAGCUGUCAAAAACCGCUGAUAUUAAUAAGCAGCUGCAAAUACAAAAAACUUCUAUAUUGUUGUUUGUUAAGAGGUAGUUUUGCAAUGGAUUUCUGUGUUUUGGUCUGUUUGUCAGUGCGCCACAAUAAAGCAGAUGAAAUUCAACAUGUAA